AAACUUCAAGUCCAUGUCCGUGACUAGGAUUCAAACCGGACCUACAUAGAGCCACACUUUCCAAAAAAAAAAAAGAAAAAGAAAAAAAAGUCACACUUCAGGGGCAGAAAGCGGCGCCAUCAGUGUCGGACCUGCAGAGCAAAGCCCCUGCGGACGCUGCUGCUCCUCCACAAAUAUGCAGCAGCAGCACCGGCGGUGAUGGAGGUGCAGCACCUACAUCCUGUGACUCAUUCAACAAGACAAGGCUUGCUUUAAAUGUCAGCAAAUCACGCCUCAACCACAGCAAGGUCACCUUGAUAUGGAUCUAGUAGAGACCUAAAGCUCGGCUCUGUUUUGUGUCCUCCUGUUUCUGCUCGGAGUGAACCAAAGAGCGCAGCAGCCUCUCUUUCUCUUUUUUCCCCUCCAGGACUUAAUUUGAUGGUAUAUUCACUUUUUUCUUUUUCUCCGCUGGACUGCACCUGUUCACCUGGACACACGCACAAUCACAGAGAGGACUUUGGCACAGGGUCUCACAGGGAGUGAUGGCGGCGUCUGCACCCACCUCCUCCUCCGCCUCCUCCGCCUCCACUGGCGGCGAACCGGAUCCCAACUCGACAAAUUUACGACCACCGGGCUCAAGCUAUGAUGCUUGGUGUGGAGUUGCUCAUGGAUGCACUAGAAAAUUGGGAAUGAAGAUAUGUGGAUUUUUGCAGAAGAACAACAGUCUGGAGGAGAAGAGCAGGAUUGUGAGCUCCUUGAAGGAGCGCACAGCCAAGAGCCUGCUGUCCUGCGAUAACAGCGGCAGAGACGCGCGUUUCAGACACACGGAGACGGAUUUCUCCAAUCUGUUCGCCAGAGAUCUACUGCCUGCCAAAAAUGGAGAGGAACAGACUAUGCAGUUCUUGCUGGAGGUGGUGGAAAUUCUCACCAACUACAUCCGGAAGACCUUUGAUAGAUCCACCAAGGUGCUGGACUUCCACCACCCCCACCAGCUGCUGGAGGGCAUGGAGGGCUUCAACCUGGAGCUCUCUGACCAGCCUGAGUCCCUGGAGCAGAUCCUGGUGGACUGUAGGGACACUCUGAAAUACGGAGUGAGGACAGGUCAUCCCAGGUUCUUCAACCAGCUGUCAACUGGACUAGACAUUGUUGGUUUGGCAGGAGAGUGGCUCACAUCUACAGCCAACACUAACAUGUUCACCUACGAGAUCGCCCCUGUCUUUGUACUCAUGGAGCAGUUGACCCUGAAAAAGAUGAGAGAAUUCAUUGGCUGGCCUGAUGACGAGGGCGAUGGAAUAUUCUCUCCAGGAGGAGCCAUCUCCAACAUGUACAGUGUGAUGAUCGCCAGAUACAAGUUCUUCCCCGAAGUCAAGACCAAAGGCAUGUCGGCUGCACCCAGACUGGUCCUCUUCACUUCAGAGCACAGCCACUAUUCCAUCAAGAAAGCCAGUGCAGCUUUGGGCAUCGGGACAGAAAACCUGAUCCUUUUGAAAACAGAUGAGAGGGGGAGAGUCAUUCCUGCUGAUUUGGAAGCCAAAGUAAUAGAGGCCAAGAAAAAGGGUUAUGUUCCAAUGUUUGUGAAUGCCACCGCCGGGACCACAGUCUACGGAGCCUUUGAUCCCAUUAAUGAAAUUGCAGACAUCUGUGAAAAAUACAACAUGUGGCUUCAUGUGGACGGUGCUUGGGGAGGAGGUUUGCUGAUGUCCAGGAAACACAGACACAAGCUGAACGGUGUAGAAAGAGCCAACUCAGUCACCUGGAACCCUCAUAAGCUGAUGGGAGUGCCACUGCAGUGCUCUGCCAUUCUGGUCCGAGAGAGGGGUUUACUACAGAACUGCAACUCCAUGUGUGCGGGCUACCUCUUCCAGCCGGACAAACAGUACGACGUGACAUACGACACAGGCGACAAGGCCAUUCAGUGCGGACGCCAUGUUGAUAUCUUUAAGUUCUGGCUCAUGUGGAAGGCAAAGGGAACAGUGGGGUUUGAGCAGCACAUUGACAAGUGCCUAGAUCUGUCUGCGUACCUCUACAAUAAGAUAAAAAACAGAGAGGGCUUCAAGAUGCUGUUUAACGAAGAGCCGCAGCACACCAAUGUCUGCUUCUGGUACAUUCCACCAAGUCUGCGAGGCCUGCCUGACGGUGAGGAGCGGCGGGAGAGGUUGCACAAGGUGGCCCCAAAGAUCAAGGCUCUGAUGAUGGAGUGUGGGACCACCAUGGUAGGCUACCAGCCACAAGGAGACAAGGUUAACUUUUUCCGCAUGGUCAUCUCCAACCCUGCUGCCACUAUGUCAGACAUCGAUUUCCUGAUUGAGGAGAUUGAGCGACUGGGGAAUGACUUAUAAGAGCCACUCCUGUCUUUUAAAACCUCCUGAAACAUCUGGAGGGCCUUGAGCCUGGUUUCAUGUCUCUUUUUGUCUUGUACAGAUGUUGAGUUUAGUUUUUUUUGUUUUUUUGCUUACGAUGCACAACAAAUAAUAGUAUGCCCUAUGUGUCAACUCUCUGUCUGUUCUGUCUUUAGCGGCAACGAUUAAAACAUUUGCAUAGCUGAGUGUCUGAGUAAAAAGAACACAAGUCAAAGCUUGAGAGAAUCACACGAGCACACUGCUGUUCUGGCUAAACUAUGUUCAAUGUAACAUCAGUGUGAGGAAUUUAAAUGCAGGUUCCUUCUCGUGUGAAUGUGAAAAAGCAAAAAAAAACAAAAACCUGAGGACUUGGAGGAUUUUGUCAUGCAGCAGGUGUGAAAACAGAAUUCUACUACUGUACCAUAUGGAGAUCAGUGUUAAAAUAGAAUAAUAUCAACAUAUUUUUUCACUAGGAACAGAGCACAAUGUGGGAAUCUAACAACAGUGACGUAAAUGUAAAAAAAAUAUACAUAUAUAUAAUAUAUAUGGUGUCCUGACUGUUGGUGCUCCAUGUAGUCCAUGCACCGCCAUGUUGUGACCUAGCUGUUACUUCCCUUUGAUAUUACAUAAUAGGUGGGGAUGUAUAACACAGUCAUUGUAACGGGUUCUGUACUUGAGUGCUGUGUUUUUAGAGAUUUUUGUGUAGAUUGUGUAUAGUAUUGUUUCAUUGCCUUUGUGCCAAAUGUGUCAAAGUUUUACAGUGAAAAAAAAAACUAUGUGUAAAUCGUCAAUACAGUAUAAUAAUACGUUAUAAAAUAAUAACUUUAUUUAUAUUCAGAGAGAGUAAUUGUGAAUAGGCUAUCUGCCAUUCAUUUGUAAUGUAUCCUUCAUAUUUGGACAAUUCCACUGUAUUAUAUCACAAUGUAUUAAGGAACAUGGAAGUCUUAGUGUAUUUGUGAACCAAAGAAGGGUUGAGUUACAUUUAUGAAAAUUAUGUUCACGGCCCUUAUUCGUCCUCAUGGACGAAUUCAGACAUUUAUAUAAGAAUACUUUACUUGCCGCUCCUUAACUUUAGUGCAAUGUAUGUUGUAACUGUGCAAUGUCUUUGUGAUUCAUGGACUGAAUGCUGUCCGGACAUUUGGCUCACUGUGGGAGGCUUGACUGACAGUGCAGCUACUACUGCCGGUGCUUUGGUGAGGAUAUAAAGCACAACGCUAAACCAUGACCAUGGGGCAGCUUAUAUUCUAGGGACAUAUGAUAGUCUGUGUUACGUGUUCAGUGGAGUGAAACUAUAAUAUGCAAAAUUUAGCUUUGUUUUUUGCCACGCUUACUGUAGGCACAUCACUUUUACGUCGACCAACUCGAUGCACAAUGUUUGCUACUGUAACGGCAUUUAGCAAACCGUUGCACAUUCCUGAACUAGUCAGUGUAGGCACUUUAAAUUCACGCCAUCAUUUGCAGAGUGUUACUGUUGCUUCCACAGCGCUAAUAAAGACAUGGGCUGUAGAUCGUCUGUGGGCACAAUUUUUGCAGUUUGGGAAAAAGGACCUUUGAACUAAUAAAUGAGCAAAUAAACAUGUGUGGCGAACAACACUGGUGUGAGACCA